UGAACAUCUGUAAGGCACCAAAUCAUCAGUUAUUAAUCAGUGGGGCAAGCUCAGUCAUUGAUAGGACAUUUGGUCUAUCAUUAUCUUUAUAAGGAUGACAAAAGAUUAGAUUGUCCUCCCUCCCUCACUAAAGUCAAGCAGUUUGUGAUCUGUAUUACAAUUACAGUCCUAGCAAGGACAAUUGGAACGGCAAAUUGGUGCCAAAAGUAUUUUUCGGUACAGCUUCAGAUGCAAAUGACAAGGGGAAGACUCUUCCAAUGGAAAAUUGUUAGCUUUCUGGCGAUAUAAGUUAGUUGCCUAUCCAAAGAUGGACCUUUGAAACCGAGGGAAUUUCCUCUAGAAAAAAAGAUCUAUGAGUGACUGUGUUUUAAUUAGUUUUAUGAGGGGGCUGUUUGGUUUGCUGCAUUAGCCUAUAUUUAGGCUUAUGUAGUGCAGCUUACACAUAUUUGGUUGCCCGCAGAGCUUCUUAUGCAGGCGUACACAAUGCUCAAAAUAGGCCCAACGCAGCAUUACUCAGUAUGUCAGAUUAGAUCAUACUACCUCCGUUUUUUAUUAUUUGACGCUGUGUAGUAUAAUUUUACACUAACAAACAUCAACUAAAAAAAAUUGGAGGGAGUAUUAUAUAAUGCAUAUCUGAAUAAGCUGAAAGUGCACACAAAAAUGGAGUCUCCUCACCUCCCACCUUUACUAGAACAUAAGUUCUCUACUAGCACAAUAUGAGUUUUAAUCUCAAAUUUUGUAGAAAUGUACAUAUAUAGAUGAAGUAUGGGUGUGUAAUGUUUCAUUUUUGUUUUGGAACUCCUAAGUAUGUUUUUCUAAGGGUUUUCACGAUUCCACCAACGUGUAAUUUCGAGUGAAUAUUUUCCUGUGCUGCAUAAUGUCUAUUGCUAAUUGAAGCAACCAAUCACACCUUAAAUAAAUAAGUUGCAGAUCUGUAUGUAUCUGUUCUUAGUUUUGGUGUUUGUUAACAACCUGAAAGGUAGGUUUGGUCUUUGUUGCAAAACCAACCUGAUACGGAGUGCUUGGGUGUUUGUUACCACCCUUAAAGAUGCUCCAUCCAGAGGUUUCCGGACAUAACUUGUUCAGUUCAUGUCUAUUGAUUCAAAGCAGAUCUACAGCUGUGUCUGUAAACCACAUCCGAGUAUCAUUGCAUAACCCAGAAUCAAAUAAUGAAAGGCAUGUCACCUUAUUUUGGCUGCAUAGUUGGCCGUGUCGCGAAUAGGAUCAAGGAUGGGAAGUUUACACUAAACGGACUUGAGUAUUCAUUACCUGUCAACAAUGGACCUAACAGCCUUCAUGGUGGGUUGAAGGGAUUUGAUAAGGUCGUGUGGGAUGUCGUGGAGCACAAAGAUGGCGAAUGCCCUUCAAUAACUUUUCAGUAUCACAGCAAGGACGGGGAAGAAGGCUAUCCAGGCGAUGUAACCAUUCGAGCAACAUACUCUCUUCCUGAAGCUACUACUCUAAGGCUUGACAUGGAAGCUACACCAGAGAACAAAGCAACUCCUAUAAGCCUGGCGCAGCACACCUACUGGAACCUCGCAGGUCACGCCUGCGGCGACAUCUUAAACCACUCGCUGCAGAUCUGGGGCAAGCACAUCACUCCGGUCGACGAGAACACAAUUCCCACCGGCGAGAUAAUGCCCGUCGAUGGCACCCCUUUUGACUUCACGACGGAGCGCAGGAUUGGCGAGCGCAUCGACGGUGUUCCUGGAGGGUAUGAUCAUAACUACGUGCUGGACUGUGGCGACGAGAAGGACGGCCUGAAGCGUGCGGCCAGGCUGAAAGAUCCGUCGAGCUUGCGGACCCUGGACCUGUGGACUGACGCACCCGGCAUGCAGCUGUACACUGCCAACUACGUGGAUGGCAUCGGUGGCAAGGCGGGCGCUGUCUACGCGAAGCAUGCUGGAGUGUGCUUGGAAACCCAGGGGUUCCCGAAUGCCAUCAACCAGCCUGAGUUUCCCUCUGUGGUUGUUCGGCCCGGUGAGAAGUAUAAGCAUACUAUGCUGUUUGAGUUCUCGGGAUGUUGAAUAGUGACUGGACAGCAUAAAUUGAUGUAAAACAUGUUGAAUGAAUAAACAAGCAGAAGGAUAAGCUGUGAUAAUAAUGCACUAGUUUGCUUCAGAUUAUUGUA